CUGAGGUUCACAGCUUCCUUUCAAACUUGGCUUAGAAUAGUCUCAAGAGUCUUGUGGAACUUGAUUACCCCGUUAUUCUGGAGAAAAUGAACCAUACGGAUAAUGGCGAGGAAACAGUUAACAAUUCAGUGGCGUAUGACUAUGAUUUGGUGGAGCCAUGUAAUAUGGAAGACAACAACAGUGUGGAGAGAGUGGUGCGACUCUACAUCCACUCUGUCAUCUGUAUCCUGGGAUUAUUGGGCAACAUCCUGGUGAUCGUCACCUAUGCCUUCUACAAGAAGGCCAAGUCCAUGACGGACGUCUACCUUCUGAACGUGGCCAUAGCAGACAUGCUGUUUGUGGUGGCUCUACCCCUGAUCAUCUACAAUGAGCAGAGUGACUGGGCCAUGGGAACGGUGGCCUGUAAGGUUCUCCGUGGGGCCUACAGCGUCAACCUGUACAGUGGCAUGCUGCUGUUAGCUUGUAUUAGCACCGACCGCUACAUUGCUAUCGUCCAGGCCCGGCGCUCCUUCCGGCUCCGCUCCCUGAUCUACAGCCGCAUCAUCUGCGCUGCAGUCUGGAACCUGGCCCUGCUCCUCUCUGUCCCUACCUUUGUCUACUACGAACGUUAUGUGCCUGCACACAGCACCUUUGGAAAUGAUUAUGACAACUAUGAUUACAACAAUGCUACAACACCGUUUGAUCUGGAGAACACCAUAUUCUUAGAGGAGGAGAACUAUGUAGUCUGCGACUUCAGGUUCCCAGACAACGCCACGGCCCGUCAGAUGAAGAUCCUGGUCCCGAGCACCCAGAUGGCGGUGGGCUUCUUCCUGCCCCUGUUGGUCAUGGGCUUCUGCUACGCCAACAUCAUUGUCACGCUGCUGCGUGCCAAGAACUUCCAGAGGCACAAGGCGGUGCGCGUGGUGCUGGCUGUGGUGGUCGUGUUCAUCAUCUGUCAUCUGCCCUACAACGCUGCGCUGCUCUACGACACGAUCAACAAGUUCAAGAUCCUGCCCUGCAGUCAGGUGGAUGCCACCGAAGUGGCCAAGACAGUGACGGAAACAGUGGCCUACCUGCACUGCUGCCUCAACCCGGUCCUAUACGCCUUCAUCGGGGUGAAGUUCAGGAACCACUUCAGGAAGAUUGUGGAGGAUGUGUGGUGCAUUGGGAAGAGGGUCAUGAACCCCCGACGCUUCUCCAGGGUCACGUCAGAGAUGUAUGUCUCCACUGUCCGCAAGUCUAUGGAUGGAUCCUCUACAGACAACGCAUCUUCUUUCACCAUGUGAGGACGAGACCCUGUGGUGGAGACUGCUAUUGCUGUGAACCCUAGCAUAGUCUGAUACAUUUAUCAAUGUACCUAUUCCAUCUUUAUUGAAUGUUUCCAUAAGCCUUACAUUAAAUAAUCUAUGUAAAAUAACAACAUGGUUUAUUUAAAUGAUAACUACUGUAAUGACAACUGUUUCUAUUUGCUGAUUAUUGUUUAUAAUUAUGAUAUUUCGGUUGUUGCUUUUAUGCAGUUCUGUCUUUGGUUAAUGCACAAUUGUGGUUUAUGUCUAUGUUUGAACGUAUUUUGAAAGACAAAAUAAAACAAUACUUUUUUAUGGCCUAUAUUAAUUUCCUAAUGUAUUUAUUGACGGAAGGACAAUACUGUCUAAUCUGGGUUUCAACCAUGGCCGUUGUUAUUGUUACCCAGUAGAUGGCGCUAUUUACACUGUUUACACUAUGACUCUACAGUACACGGUCUGGAAUGAAGCGUUGUAAAAUCAGUGCGGAGACAGCUUCCCUAGAAUUAAGUGAGUUCUACAAAGAUAAGGCAGUAUUGUUGUUUAAUAAGGAAGCCAAAUAUUAGGUCAUGUUUGAUUUGAGUGAAAUUAGGUUAUUGUCAGGUAAUUGGUUCAUAGGACAGACAGCCUCAUAUGCACUAUUUACUUAGUGCAUGUUCUUGUCAACAUAAUGUUACAUUUGUGGACGGUUUUUAACCUUUGGGGCUUGAUUGCUGUCAUUUGUGCUCACUUGCUAAUUAAAGAUCCAAAUGUAA